AUGGAAAAAGCAAUCGAGGAACAUUUACUGAAUAAUAGUACAGAAAGUCUUUCGGUAUCAUCGUCAGGAUCUGAUUUUGUUGUUAUUGACCGUAACAGUUUAUCGAAUGAUGAACUUAUUGAGGGGUUGGUGGAUGCACCUAAUAUAAUAUACCAUACGGAUUGGAAUACAACCACAGCUUCACUCCCUGAUGAUACAAGUGAGUCGGAUGACUCAUGUGAAGCAAUCAGUGUUAGCGAAGAAACCAGUGCUGUGAGUUAUGCAAGUGCUAAAGCAAAUGUAGAUGGUAGUGAACAAUGUGAUAUGGAAAUUAAUACUCUCGGAAGUUCACCUGUUGUGACCGAUUAUGUGGAACAAAAAAAUGAUGAAGAUUGA